UCUGGGCGCUCGCUUCCUUUUACAUUGCUACACGGUGGAGUCCGACUGCAUAUCUAUACUAGAACGUGACUGGACUAGAAAUCUGGACGAUUUCGUGAGGAUGGAAAGAACGGGUCUGACUUGUAUAUGAUUAUUUUUUAUUAAUUCUAUUAUGUGUAAUGCGAUACAUUAAUUUCCAUUAAUAGCGUUCUAGUAGCGUUCAAUUUCUGUCACUUGUCAAGACGCCACCACUGAAGACACGUUGGCCAGCACCACAGAAAAAGGCUGCUCAUUGAGGAUAUCGCGCCUUAUCCUUAUUGUUCCUUCAUUACUUGUCAUGUCGCAGGUCGUCCUCUAUUAGGAAUGUGCUAUUUUUAAGAAUGGAACAGUAAAGUGAUGUUAUGUAAUGAGUAAAAUAGAGUGAAGCGGAUGUUGAAAUUAUUUUAAGAAAAACAAAUGUGAUGCGAUUGCACUGGUUUCAAAGGGACUGCAGUAAUGAGGGGGGUUUUUUUGGCCUAUGAUACGCAUUGACUGUAUGGCGCUUUUUCUUCGCAACCAACAAAGGUAGCCGGUACAAAUAGUGUUAAACAGAGAUAAAUUAGCAUUUGAUGGAGCUGCAUCAGGUACAGUAUAUUGCACAUGUAUCUGAUCGGACUAUGGUAAGGAUUAAAACUAAAAACGUUAAUUCGUUUAAUUGGGGUAGGUUACAUUUCAAAUUAGAUUAAUGUAAUCCUUUGUAUGGUUUUGGAUAGGCCUGUGAACAUGAUUUUUUGUUUUAUUCUCGAUACAGUUUGGCCUCUGUAAAGACCACUGAUAUAAUUACUGUCCCAAAUGUAAAAUGGGUCCAUGUCUUUAUUUAGAAAAUAGAGAAUUAGGCUACUGGAGAAGCUAAGCAGCUUAAAGUUUUCACGUUUUUUUAGGGUAGCAAGUUAGCUGACAGCGCGACAUAGGCAGUUAUUUAGUCAACGAAUAUACGACGAGAAAUUGGUUUCUCGAAAUUAAGUUUCCUGUUUAGAUCAGUGUGAUUGUCACGAUGGACGCGCAUAAUGAAAAUGACAGUUUUAACGCCAGGGUGGUUGAACCAAUGCCUGGCUACAUUGAACUCAUCACCAGAGGCUAUGCCGUCAUGGCCAGUGCCUUGAAGGACUGUAGCGCUUGCGGUCUCGAGCUCUCCAAGAGCACCCUUCUGGACAAUGCCUAUAUAACCUGGGUUGAGAUUGGCCUGUUCUUCGUGUGCGCCGUGAUGUGGACCGUAAUGCGGCGGGGACUGACAGCAUGCUUAUUUAAGCCGUUAGCACGAUGGUUUUGCCUCCUGCCGAAGGACACUGCCAAGAUGCCGGAGAGCGCGUGGAAGCUGCUCUUCUACACCAUGUCCUGGUCGUACAGCACAUACCUUCUCUUCUUCACCCACUAUUCCUUCUUUUACGACCCCCCCUCUGUCUUUUACGGCUGGAAGAGCGGGAUGUCCGUGCCCACCGACAUCGCCAUCGCCUACCUGAUCCAGGGCAGCUUCUACGGCCACUCCAUAUACGCCACCAUCUACAUGGAUGCCUGGAGAAAGGACUCCUCGGUCAUGGUAGUGCAUCACAUCAUCACCUUGGCACUGAUCACCUUCUCCUACGCCUUCAGGUACCACAACAUAGGACUUCUAGUUCUAUUCCUUCAUGACAUUAAUGACAUCCUGCUGGAGUUCACCAAGCUCAACGUCUACUUCAAGACCCGGGGAGGUGUUUACCACAUGCUGAACGACGUCCUCUCGAACUUGGGCUCUGUAAGCUUCAGUAUCACUUGGUUUUGGUUCCGGCUCUACUGGUUCCCUCUCAAAGUGCUGUACGCCUCCUGUGUCUCCAGCCUGGAGUCUGUGCCCAAGAUCCCCUUCUACUUCUUCUUCAACUUCCUCCUGUUUGCUCUCCUCCUGAUGAACAUCUACUGGUUCCUGUACAUCGUGCUUUUCGUGGUGAAGGUGCUGACGGGACAGAUGAGGGAGGUGAACGAUGUGCGUGAGUACGACGAGGAGGAGGUCAAGGCGGAGCGGCAAAAGCUGCAGGAGGACGACGCGGAGCACCAGAACGCUGUGAAUGAGGGGAAGCACGUGCAGAAUGGGGUUACGAAGGAAAAGCAUCUAUAAUGGCCUCUCUAGCACCACCUCCUGGCCUUUAGCUAUAAGUGCAAGCAACAUCCUGACCCACUUUAGUUCAGACCGUUGUCAAGAGGCAAACUUGCUAGCUGGUCUUGCAAAAAAAGGAAAAUAUGCUAGGCUAUAAUACUUUUUAGUCAUUAUUUAAUUAAUUUAAUUUUAAUUAUAGCACUGUGAAUGUUAUUUCAGAUUACCUUGGUCUUAGAUUCAUUUUGGUUGUAAAAAUGGCAUCUGUAGUUAUGUGAAUAUCCUGUUGUGUACUGGGUGUAUUUAGAAGUUAUAACUAAGAAUACUCACAGUGCUGACAGUUGUUUUCUGUCUAGACCUAUAUAGGCUUGACAGGAUGCAAGGACUACAACAUCCUCUGUCACACACUGGAAUAGGUUUUAACCUGAGACCUGGGGCCUCAUUGAUCAAUUGUGCAUACUCACAAACCUCCUCUUAACAUUGCAUCUGCGCAUUUUCCCUCAGUUGGUUCGUUUCCAGCAAAGAAAUGUACUGGGUUAUGGCCGACAAGGAGGCCUACAAUCAUUUCGUUGUGGAUGAAUGACGGCGGUGCAAUGCCCCUUGAUAUUCACUGCCAGAAUGUCAUAUGAAGCUGGGCAUCAUGACAGUCCUUUUUUACUGUAAUUAAGCCACAGCUUAAGCUUUAAUAAGCUACAUUUCAUCUGUGAUUCAAUAAUAUCUGUGAACAGAAAAUAUGUUAUCCCAUAAGUACAUAUUCUAAUAAAAAAACUUACAGGAAAAACAUUACAGGAAUCAAUAACAAAAUAUAGCCUACUCGUGAAAAUGGCAAUGAAUACAACUACGUUUUAAGUACGUACUUCAGAUAGAGGAAGAAAAAAUGUGUGAGGUUAUUAAUAACUGGGACAGUGCCGUGGUUAAAGAUACACAGCACUGGAGAGAAACAGGUCUGUCGUACAUGUCACAGAGCGACUGCAAUGGCAUUUGCCAGAACAGUUUGUGCCGUUCCCCUCUCCGGGUGACUGACUUUCGGCUUUUGACUUCUGAUAAAACCAUUUCUUGUUCGUUCAGUGUCUGACACACUGAAAAGGCUGGAAUAAAAUAUAUUUUUUCAUCAAGCAGUAGUUUAAUCUUGCCCUUCUUAGCACAUCAUCUUAUGUCACAAACACCUAGCAUCUCAGAUUCAGAAAAUUAUCUUUAUAAAGUGUCUGUAAUAUUUUUGAGUAUGAAUAUCUUUAUAGCCAAUUUCUACUCAGCCAUGCUGGUGUACUGCUUUUAAAUGAGUAGGAUUUAUUAGUCACCACACAGGAAUACUCUUUUUUUAAGGUGGGCAAGUAUCACUCCCUGCGAAAACCAACAAUUAGCAGUUGGCUAAUUCCAUGCAGGAUUGAUGAAUGUGGGCCUCAGAUUUCCCAAGCAAUUGCUUUAUUUUAGUAUCAGGAGUGAAGGCGUUAAAAAGGGAAGUGUUCAUGAAUUUGCAACGUUUUAACACAUCGGUGGAUGUUUGUAAAACACAAAGUCUGUUUUUAAGAAGGAUUUGAAAUUGUAUUUCAUAUCUUUGCAUUGGUUAAUUUAGCCAGCAUACAUUUUCCCUGCCUGACCUGUUUCAGAUGUAGUCACAGAGUAGGCCCAUGUCUGUGUACUACAGAUGUUUCGGAAUGUGAUUGACCAGGGCAAAAUUCACUUUUUUGUUUUAUUUUUUUGCCCUUAGAAAGAUAACAUGUUGCAAAUAUAACUAGCUUGUUUUCAUGUAAAGAUAUCACUGUUUUUGUAACACUGACACUGAAAUGAUAGCAAAGAAGCUGAAGAUAAUCACUGAUGAUGAAAGUGAAAUGGAAUACGUUUGACAAAUGGAUUAUUCUUCUGAUUGGAAAAGGUUUUUAAUAUGUCUACUGUCCAACAUUGUACACUUGGGGAAGUAGAAGUUGAAAAUGUGUUUGAUUACACAGCAGUGUUUACAUGAUAAUGACAGAAACCGAAUGGCCCAGUACCCUCUGAGGGGCCUUAGCUUAUUGCAAGGCCACACCGAAUGUGAGGACUUAAGUGCACCAUACAGUAUUCAGAACUGCAUGCUAUUGAAAUGGUUCAGAUAUGCUUGAUAUGUAGUCUUAAACACACCAAUGGAAAAAUAAACCCAUUAUCUUACCAUAGCAGUAGGCUAUGUAAAAAACUAUGUAAAGUGAAAAUCAUGUUAAAAGACAAGGGCCAGACGGGUUUGCCAGUGCUCGAGUGUGCGUUUCAGCGUGUUCGUGUGAAAAGGUCUGUGGUGCAGGCUUUCAUCCAAUCAUGGGCCAACCGUUGCAUCGCAGUUUAUUUCAAUCAAAUUCAGAUUCGAGUGCUCAUUAUGAACGGCGUGCUCGUGCCGGAGAAGGCCACGGAUGUCAGUGUAGUCCGUUUCAGCAGACGCGUCUUCCAGUCUCCGUUCUAGACCUUGCUAGCAAUGGGACGUUAAUCUUUUGUCUUUAUUAGUGAACGUUAUUUAGAUUUACUUUCUGAGAACACUGUUAACAAUCCCCCAGCCUCAGCGCGCUACGUCUAUGUUUUGCUCAUAGACCAGGUUCGUUUCCUGCUGUGUGGUUGAUUCCUUCGUGUCUGGCUGUGUUCUCCUGUCCUCGUUCUUUACCCACCUCCGUCGGUCUCCAAUGCCCAUUACCACCGUAAAUGUAAGCUGUUUUGUGGAAGAUAUUUCUUUAAAAAAAUUAUUAUACAACACUGUUUAACCCUGAAACAAACAAAAAAAGACGCACCUGUGUCUCGAGGCACUGAAAUGUCAUUAAUCAUAACUGAUUAGUGUUGGCAGCGCUUCUUUGUGCGGUGCUGAAUAUGCAAACACCCACGGUAAGGGUAUGAACCGUAAAAAUUACCGAAACUGCAUUCCUUUUCUGGGAGACGUUUAAUGCUGUAAGCGUAUGCAGUGGGACUAUCUUGACAGUUAAGUAUUACCAGUAAGAUCUAGGGUUUGUUUGAGACUGCCAUUCCAGAAUAUAUAAAGGGCAAUUACCCAGUAUAACAUUAUUUCUUUUAAAUUGCACUGUAAUUUAUUUUAUCCUUUUUAUUGCUCAUUAGGACCAAUUGGGAAAGUGGGGUUGCGAAUUGAGAAUUUAAAGCAUAAAUUCCUGUAUGAAUCAAGUAUGAAUUAUAGAUUUAAGCCACAGUACAAAGCACUAUGUUGGACCGUUAUUUUAUUGAUAGACCCUCCACCUCUAUUUUUCCAUAGUGUAUCAGUUUUACCACUUGGAUAUGAAAGGUACUUACUCUUUUGUAAUGAAACAAUUUUAAUAUUUCCACUGGACCAGUAUUAUUGUAAAAUGUUUUCCUUUAAAUAAAAUGUUAAAUGAAAA